AUGGUGACAACUGCUGGAGGCGCUGGAGCGUGUGAAGGGCCGACCGUGGAAGGCGGCGUCGUCGGACAUGUUGCGGUCGACAUCGACAGGUCGGCGGUGACGGCUGAUCGGCAGGGGCAGGUUGGAACCGGGAGCGGCUGCAGAAUUUGCCAGCUUGAGGACGGCGACCUGCCGGCGGAGAGCGGGAGCGGGCAGUUGGUAAACCUCGGCUGCGGCUGCCGAGGCGAGAUCGCGGCGGCGCACCGGCGGUGCGCCGAGGCAUGGUUCUCCGUGAGGGGCAAUAGGCGGUGCGAGAUCUGCGGCGAGAACGCGGCGAACAUCACUGGAUGGGGCGGCGGCGGCAAGGAGUUCAUGCGACAGUGGCAUGGGAUGGCGAGCGUGGAUGGAGGAGGCUCAUCCAAGGCCAGGGGUCUCUGCACCUGCAGAACCCAGUCAUUCUGCAAUUUCUUGCUUGCGUGUUUGAUCAUUGUAUUAAUCUCGUCGUGGUUCGUCCAUAAUCGUAUGCCAGCCGCGUUCGCGGACAGUGAUCGACCAGCACUCAAACAUUGA